CUUCAGGCCGUGGCCAACACGGAAAAAGCGAAAGAGUCGAUAAUGAAGCAGAAAAAGCUGAGGUUGAACCCUCCUUGCUCCUUUAGGGUCAUUAAAUUAUCUCUUUGUGUUUCAGAAAACUUCCAUAUUAACAGCGAUGCUACUUGGUGACUUUUUUGGGCAUGGGCCUGAGUCAAUUUCUUAUCAUUAAUAAUUAAUAGUUGGAGGAGUUGGAUUAUCUUUCACAGUUUAUUGUCUUGGCACAGCUCGCAACUGUCUGCGCUUGGCAAACAUGUCAUGAGGCGUAAAUGAUCGUGUCUACUAGAAAAUAUGAUUAUCUAUGAUAUUGAAGGAAUGGCAAAAAAAUAGUUUGAUUCAUCGAUCAUAGCUAUCAGUCUUGUUUUAUAUUUUUUACACGUGCUCGUUGAACAUGUUUAUACUAAACUUGCAUUUACACUUCUUGCCUCUGAGCAAUACUUUUAAAAGGUCAAUUAAAUCCGUUAUUGGCGACAACCAGCCAGUUGGUGAGAACCCACCCCUCUAGAAUUCCCCUUAAUGGUACGACCCAUGUCCUAUAAAUAAACCCGAAUCUGGCGACGCCGGAAAAUCGUAAAAGUUAUCCUGAGACCAACGCAAAUUAAACAUUGACAACAUGGAGUGGACACCAAUGGAAAUCAACCCUGAGGUGCUGAACAAGUUAAUGAGUAAAGUCGGCGUGGGGGAGGACUGGCGUUUCGUGGACGUCCUCGGCUUGGAGGCCGAGCAGCUGUCUGCCGUCCCGAAGCCGUGUUGUGCUCUCAUGCUGCUCUUCCCCAUCACCAAGGAGCAUGACUCUUUCAGACAAAAGCAGGCAGAUAAAGUGAUCCAGGGCUCAGACGCUUACUUCCUGAAGCAGACUGCUACCAAUUCCUGCGGCACCAUCGCCCUGCUGCACGCGCUGGGAAACAACCAAAGCAAACUCACUUUCGAGAGUGCUUCCAUGUUGAAGAAGUUUCUGGAUGAAACUGCCAAGAUGUCUGCUGAUGACCGUGCCAAGCAUCUGGACAAAAACAAGGCAAUCCAUGAUGCUCACAAUGAGGUUGCUGCACAGGGCCAAUGUCGGCCAGAAGCAGAUAAGGUCAACUUCCACUUUAUUGCCUUUGUCAAUGUGAAUGGACAACUUCUUGAAUUUGACGGGAAGAUGAACGGCCCCCUCGACCACGGCGCCACCAAAGAUGAGACCCUUGUAACGGAUGCUGCCAAAGUGUGCCGAGGCUUUGUGGAGCGAGGACUCGGCGAAGUGCGCUUCUCCGCCGUGGCCCUGUGUCGUGGUUAAAUUAUGUAGACCACAAACACAUUUAUCUGCAUUUUCUGGUCACCGUCACGCAAGUAUUGUGUUCACUCAAAACACACACGAGGUUAUACACACCGCAUAUUGUGAACUUUUAGCACAACAGUUCAAGACGAGCAGAAAGUGUUGCUUUCAAUCUCCUUAGAUGUGAACAAACAAAUCCCACUGCUGUUUUUUUUCCUCCUUGUACUUUUUUGUUACGCUUGAAUGCUUUGCGGACCAAUGAGAAUGCAAGUAGGAGCUGAGUGGAAUGCAAAAAACCGAACUUUUCCGACUGUUUAGAUGACUGCUGCUAAUUGGUUGAUCUGAUGUUCCUCACAGCCUUAAUGUAGCUUUAACAAUGCGUCUGUUUACAUAGAAGACUCAAACUGAAGCAUAUCAAGAGUGUAAUUGAGUUGGUUUGCUUUACUUUGCACAGUUAGUUGUGCGUGUGUGUUGCAGUAUUGAUUGCACUGUUGGUGUAGCCGUUACUGACAAAUAAAAAGCUUUUGAUGUGU